UUCGUCUGCCUGUUGGUUGUUGCUCAUCUAAAACGUGUGACAAAGAUGUCCACUGCACUGAAUCUGCGUGUUCUCCACUUCUACUCAAAGCCAGGCACAUUUGGGUAUUGCCCUGGUGUCAUCCGGCCAUUCAGUCUCAGUGUGCAGAGAGAGGGCUACAAGUAUGUAAAUGCUCAGGAGCCUCAAACAGACCUGAGGUCCAUCACUGACCGGGCUGCCACAACCCUCCUUUGGACCGAACUCUUUAGAGGUUUGGGGAUGACCAUGAGUUACCUGUUCCGUGAACCUGCCACCAUCAACUACCCUUUUGAGAAGGGCCCUCUGUCACCCCGCUUCCGUGGAGAACAUGCCCUCCGCCGCUACCCGAAUGGAGAGGAGCGAUGCAUCGCCUGUAAGCUGUGUGAGGCCAUCUGCCCUGCUCAGGCCAUUACCAUUGAAGCUGAGACUCGAGCUGAUGGCAGCAGAAGAACUACACGAUAUGAUAUUGAUAUGACCAAGUGUAUCUACUGUGGCUUCUGCCAGGAAGCCUGUCCAGUUGAUGCCAUUGUUGAGGGUCCAAACUUUGAGUACGCCACAGAGACCCACGAGGAGCUGCUGUACAACAAAGAGAAGCUGCUCAACAAUGGUGACCGAUGGGAGUCUGAGAUAGCAGCCAACAUACAAGCAGACUACCUGUACAGAUAGAUCUGUACACUGCCCACAAAAAAACCCGAUAUAUCUUAUCGUCCUGCUAUGCUUUAAAGAGAUUAAAUAGUUUUUAAAAUAUUCCAAAGAGUUACAAAAGAGCAAUGAAGCCUUGCAGCCAUAGAUUCUUUCGUCAGCACUGAGAAAACAAUAUAAUCACGCACAAAUUAUAUGUCUGGUGAUGUAAAGAUGGAUGAUGUAGGACUUUAUGAUGUUAGCUCUAUAGUCUUAAACCCUUGUAACCUAUGCACUGUCUGUAAUGGGCUCCUUUCUCCUGCACUUUAAAAACCCUUUUUUCCGGAUGUAAUAUCCAGAUACUGAAAUAAAUCAUGUUUUUAAAACAUUAACUGUUAUUCCACCUGUUGCAUUACAGCUGGUGCUAAAACAGUUAAUUGAUCAAUUAAAUAGUUAAUUGAUUUAGUUAAAUCAUGUAUCUAACUGUAAUGUUGUUUUAUAUCACAAUUAAUAGACUGUUGGUGAAUAAAACAUGCAAUUAAAUCCACUUUGCUGGUAUUUCUGUUUUGAUAUUGGUCUCUGGGAUGGGCAUUUUUGUAAUCAUUUCCUGAUAUCAAGACCAAACGAUUGAUUUAUGGAGCAAAUAAUCAGAAAAACAAUCAGUAGUUGCAAUCCUAUAAUGAAAAAGUUAACAUAAAAAUAACUUAUUAUUCAUAAUUAUAUUUGCUUAGAAUUUGUCAUGAAUAAAACAACUUUAUUAAU